UAUAUCAGUCAGUAUAUUGUGCAAUCUUCUAACUGGUAGUUUUGUACAUGAUGAUAAAGUCAACAGUUUUAUUCAAUAUUAUAUUAUCAUUUUCUCAAAUAAACACAGCAAGAAUUUUGGCGAUUUUUCCCACGCCAUCAAUAAGUCAUCAAGUAGUAUUUCGACCUCUUACUCAAGAAUUAGCCCGAAGGGGUCACGAAGUUAUAGUGAUCACAGCAGACCCAGUAUUUACUAAGGAUAGUAGACCAAAAAACUUAACCGAAAUAGAUGUACAUGAUAUUUCAUACAACGCUUGGCGAGAUGGACUCGAUGAACGUGACACAGGUUUUGGUAAAAAAACCGGUGUUUUUAAAUUAGUCAAGAAUAUGGAAGAUUUUUUUAAAGAAAUGCUCGAAUUACAAGUCAAUACGGAAGAAAUACACGCUUUGCUUAACGGUGAUAGUAAAUUUGAUUUGCUAAUUAUCGAGGCAUGUGUACGUCCAGCAUUAAUGUAUUCUCAUAAAUUUAAAGUACCUGUUAUCCAGAUAAGUUCAUUUGGCUUCAUGUUAGGAAAUGACGAAGUUAUUGGUGCGCUUACACAUCCAAUUUUAUUUCCAAUAAUUAUGCGCCAAAGGGUAUUCAAUCUGACCUUUUGGGAAAAGUUAUACGAAUUAUACCUGCAUUAUUGGAUUAUAUAUCAUUGGCAUAUGAGUGAAACCAGGGAGCAUGAAGUACUAAGUAAAUACUUUGGUAGUAACGUACCUUCGUAUAAAGAACUGAAUAACAAUAUAGAUAUGCUCUUUUUAAAUAUUCAUCCUAUAUGGACAAACAAUCAACCACUUCCACCCAAUGUUAUUUCAAUAUGGGGAAUUCAUAAGAAUCAAGAAAAACCUCUACCUCAGGCCAUCCAAGAGUACAUGGACUCUUCCAAAAAUGGUGUAUUAUACUUUAGUUUGGGUUCAAAUGCACAGUCGACAAUGUUGCAUUCGGAUACAAUAAAUACGUUAAUCGACGUUUUCUCCCAAUUGCCAUAUAACGUUUUGUGGAAAUGGGAAAAAGACGAGCUACCCGGUAUAUCGAAAAAUAUUAAAAUAUCAAAAUGGUUACCUCAAACUGAUCUCUUACGUCAUCCAAAUUUGAAGCUUUUUAUCACUCAAGGAGGUUUACAGUCUACCGAUGAAGCUAUCAAUUCUGGGGUACCACUCAUAGGGAUACCGAUGCUGGCUGAUCAAUGGUACAAUGUGGAGUUUUACGAACAUCUCAAAAUUGGCAUUGGUCUCGAUAUAGAAACAAUAACGAGAGAAAAACUAUUGAAGGCGAUCGAAACAGUUAUCAGUGAUAAAAGCUACAAAGAAAACAUACUUAAGCUUCGAAAUAUUUUAAAUGAUCAACCACAGAGUGCGUUGGAUCGAGCGGUAUGGUGGACCGAAUACGUGCUGCGAUACGGUGGUGCAAAGCACUUUCGAGCUGCGAGUGCUAAUUUGUCAUGGUUUGAGUUCUAUGAAGUGGAAUUUAUGCUUAAAUUGCUAAUGCUAAUCUUUACGACUAUAGUAGUAUUGAUAAUAACAAGCCAUCUUGUUUAUAGACGUCUGCGAUGUUUUAUCUAUUCACAUAAAUUCGAGGUAACUCAAGAUAAAAAACAAAUUUAAUUUUUUAUCGUUUUAUUGUCUACUAGCGGACGCGACAAACGUUGUCCUGUCUUAAUUAUAAAUAUUGAUUUAGAAAUUGUAUAAUUAACUAAAAUGAGAUACAAAAUUCUUUGUUUGUUUUUCUGGCGCGUAUAUAAAUAGUUUUGUUGGUAUUCCGACAUGGGAACAGGCGACAUAUAACUGGCCAUGGGAAAGACAUGGAUUUUCAAGAUUAAUGCCACAAACAAUAAUUGAUUAUUGACCGAAGCAUCACUCUUAAGGAUUACUUAAUGGUGGCUGGUGGCAAAUUAUUCUUAAAUUUUCUGAUUCCUUCCAUAUGAACCUUCUCCUGACAAAAACAAACACAACAAAAUAAGAAUUAGCGAAAUCGGUCCAGCCGUUCACGCGUGAUGCCGUGACCAAGGGAUAUGAGUAUUAAUUUUUAUAUAUUAUAUAAGGUUAGAUAAAUGUAUUUAAUUCUGAAUGAUUUUUAUGUUACUUUCCAGUCUUUAAAAUGUUUAUUAUUUCCAAUGUCCCAUUACCAAUUGUUACAAUGAUUUAUUUUUACGUAUGGAUGCUCUUCUAAGCACGUUUAAAAAUAAAAUUGUUACCACCACUAAUAAUUACCCGAAUGUACUAUUGAUAUUUUCUUACCGUUUAUUUUCAAUCAAUGUUGAAUACAUCACAUAGUAUUAAGCAAAAUAAACAUUCUUGGAA